AUUUUGGUAGAUUUCUGAGUGCCGGACAGUAUAUUUUAUCGAUAGAUCCGAUAAACUUACAACGUAAACCCGUCGUGAAAAUAAAUAAAAUAAAAAGAUACAAAUGAUUCAAUGAAGAUGAAUAUGUAAAACAUCAAGCCGCCGUUUUUUGGAAUGCGCUAAAAAACACUCUAAAUUUGCGCAGCAGCAGAGGCCGUCGCUUGUGACGUCAAAAGGAGUCGCGUCGCCCCCCCGUAUUGUGACAGAGAGAGAGAGAGAGAGAGAGAGAAAGAGUAUUAGCGUUAACAGUUAUUCCUUUUGGACCUCCCUCUCUCUGUGUGUGCCGCCACCGCCGCGAAAAUGGAACAGCCGAGCAUACUCGUAAAAAUCCUUCACUCGGUGCCGCACGUGAACUACACGUUUCGGCGGGUGAACGACACCUUCAAUCCGGACAGCGAUAUAUAUCUCGAGAGUUUGGGCAUCCUUGCCUCGAUACCCGCCGGCCUGCUCAUCGUCUCAUUGGUGGGACUGCUGCUGUAUUUACUCACCCGCUGCUGUGAUCGACGCCAGCGGAAGCCGAGCGCCCAGCGAUGCCAGAGCUGCACUUUGGUGAUCAUCACCCUGAUGACAUGUGCGGCGAUUGGAUUAGGAUUAUAUGGCAACGAUGACUUCCACAAUGGACUGCUGCAGGCAUUUAGCUCUGGGAAGAAUGUUGAGGGUCUCGUUCUCACCCUGAAACGACAGACUGAAAGCAUCAAGCAUGACCUGGAGUCAAAGAUGGCCGGCCACAAGGUGGAGCAAAUGGUGGAGAAGCCGCAAUACAAUCAGACGGUGGUGAUGCUGCUCAUUGAGACGUCGCGCCUGGUGCGAGAGAACACGUCGCGAGCGGUGGCCUCCCUGGACAGCAUGGUACACUACUUCAUGAAGGCCAAGGGCGGCGAGAAUGACACCUCGUUGAUGGGGCUGCUGCACAUGGGGGAACUCUACGAAUCGAUACGAUGGCCCGCCACCUUGGCCUUUCUCACCGUCCUGCUGCUGCUGUGCACGGUUCUGGUGAUUGGAGUUGCACGCAGGUCGCGUUGCACCCUGAUCUUCUUCAGUGUUUCGGGCUUGUUCUGCAUCAUCAUCUGUUGGCUGCUGGCGGGCAUCUACCUAGCCUCCAGUGUGGCUGCUGGCGACUUUUGUAUGAGACCCCAUGACUAUAUGUGCCGGCAGGUUGGAAUGAGGAGUCCGUAUGUGGAUUUCUUGAAUUGUGGAACGCCCAGGAAUCGUUUCAUUUUACGCCUGAACGAAAGCAGGGAUCUGGUGGAUCGGGCCAGAGAGAGUGUGGAAACCAUGCAGCGAAUGAGCCAAGAGACCUAUCCGCGCAUCGAUGUCCAGCGCACUUUGACGGCCAUGGACAAUGAUCUGGAGGAGACGCGUCGCAAUCUGACGACUCUUUCCGCUACACUGGACCGCAGGGCCAUCGAUCGUCAUUAUGCGGAGGCGCUGCGAGGGCUCUGCGGAGGCGGAUUGCUGGGCCUUAGUCUCAUGAUGGUGGCAGGCCUGCUCACCUCCUUCCUGCUGACGAUUCUCGUGUAUGCGGAUUCGCAUGCCUGGAUAUACUUGAGCAAGCGACCCACGCUGGAUGCGGACAAAUCGGAGACGGCUCCCUUGUUCCCUGCCUCGAAUGCGCCCAGUGCCAGCAUCUCGCCAACGGCACCUCUGGGCACCGGAACGAUCAAUCGCACACUGCUGCAUCAUCAGCAGACGCAGGGAGGCAGUGCCGGCGUCGGCGGCGGUGUGGCAAGCGGCGGCACACUACCAGGAUCAGGAGGCGGAGGCGGAAUGAACGGGAACAAUGGCGUUGGACCGUACAGGAACGGAACGGCGGGACUGAGACAAGGGUUGGCAUCACCAUCAUCUCAAUCUCAAUCAAGCCACAGCUCAUCCACGGCCAUUUAUGGCCACCACCACCACAACAACAGCAAUCAGAACCACUACAACAACAACCUCCACAACAAUCACUACAGCAACCACUACAGCAACAACUAUAACACCACCACACAACAGCAACAACAACAACAACAACAACAACUGCAACUGCAACAACAGCAUAAUAGAACUAACCAGACGACAGCGGCGGCGAUGGCCACGAUGGUAGCUCCAAUGACGUUGGCCAACCCCCACCACACACGCACCUCGGUGUCGGGGGCCGCCAGAGGAGGGGGUCGUGGAUCGCCGUCGCCGCCGCCCGGCUAUGAUAUGGUGCAUGGCACAAGGUCCGGCCAUCACACAUUAGGACGCCUGCCGUCGCAUCAUCAGCAGAGCGCCUCGUAUAUGCAGGGGCCGAACAAUGGAAAGUACGCGACGCUCAGCAAGCAGUGUAAGACGCUCGAAUCGAACGACUUUUACUGAGAUUCGCUUGCCUGCAGCACCUAUGCAGGCAAUAGCAACAACACAGCCCAGCAGCAACAGCAGCAGCUCCAACUGCAGCUCCAGCAGCUUCAGCAGGCGCCGUCGCAGCCUCCACUCCAGCAGCAGCAGCAUCCCCAUCAGCAGCAGAGCAGCAACAUCAUCAAUCAGCAGCACCAGCACCAACAUCAGCAUCAGAACAGCAGCAGCACCUUGAAGAACAUAUUCGCUUCGGCGACCCUGCCCCGUUCCACGGGCAGCUCCAUCCGCUCCGUGCUCUCCGCACAGACGGCCAACGCCAUGUGCAGGUCCACAGGCAAUGGCCUGGAUGUCGGCAGCGAGGGGGGGCUGGUCGACGACCGGGAUCCACGCGAUGUCACAAACAACAGCUUCAAUCGCUUCGAUCCCAAGUACAUAAGCAUCGGUCCCAAGGCGGUGCGUGGCAACAAUAAUCUGAAUAUUGUGGCUGCGGCGACGGCCAACAAAUGUGCCACAUUGCGGCACGUGGGUCGCUAUGGGGGCUCGCUCAAGGGUGUCUCCUCAUCGAUGGCCAUGGGCGCCUCACCGUCGCCGAAUUUGCGCAGCGCCAAGACGCCAUCGAUAGCCACCGUUUCGAAGGACUAUUGCCAGCAGCCGGACUGCAUACCGCAGGUCUGUGGCUCCACGGAGUUCCUUGUCCAACAGCAGCAGCAACAACAGCAACAACAGCAGCAACAACAACAACAGCAACAGUUGCAGCAACAGCAGCAGCUGCAAAUGCAGAUCCAGCUGCAAAUACAGCAAAAGCAACAGCAGCAGCAACAGCAACAGCAGCAGCAGCAGCAACAACAGCAACAGAUGGUGCCACCACCAGCACCGCCUCCGCAACAGCAACAGCCACAGCCGCCGCCACAGAUGCAGAUCCAACCCGCACCACCGCCGCCGCCACCAAAGCCAAAGAAUACCUUCACAGAGAUACCCGGCACCACGGGCGUUGGGAGCUCCUAUGCCAAGGAGCAGCAACAGCAACAGCAGCUCCUGGCCCUCCAGCAGCAGCAACAGCAGCAGCUUUUGGCACUCCAGCAGCAGCAACAGCAACAGCAGCAGCUGAUUCAUCCACCGACGACCCACAUACUGCCGCCCUCGGCCGUCUACAGCAUCGAGAGCAGCGAAGUGCCAACGGCAGCGCCUCGGGUGGUACAGCGUAGCCUCAAUCCGGCCUCGAUUGUGAACCAGCCGCUGCCCGAGAUACCCACGCAGUCGCCCACCCAGUCGAAGAUAUCCGCCCAGCCGCUGUGCGCCGCCAGUCUGGGCCAGUACCGCUCGUUGCAGCGGCCCCAGAACCACAAGAUAUCGGCCGCUGCCUCCCAGCCACAACAGCAACAGCAGCAGCCGCCUUCCCUGCCGCCGAAGAACAGGCACAAGACGUCAAGGGCCGGAGGCGGUGGAGACUCCAGCAAUGCCAACCACAUGCAGACCCUGCCACCAAAGUCCGCCAGCCUACGGCAGCAGCAGCAACAGACAGGCGGCUACGAGAGGGAGCGAGAGAGGGACCGCGACCGCGACCGCGACAGAGAGCGUGAGCGGGAGAAAGAGCGUGAGCGUGACAGAGAGCGGCCGCGUCGUGCAGAGACGCUGGACAAUGCCCGCAGCUAUGUGGAGCAGCAGCAAUACGGAGGCCAGGUGCUCGUCGGAAUGAAGAAGCAGCAUUCGUACGACAGCAGCAGUACGUACCAUCACCACCAGCAGCAGCAGCAGCUUCAACAGCAGGCUCAGCAGCAGGCGGCCUUCUACCAGCGCCAGCACAACAACAACUAUCAGGGAGGAGGGGGACCUGGUGGAGGAAGCUCCUCUAAACAGCAGCAACAGCAGCAGCAGCAGCUUCUCAUCGAACAGCAGCAGGCGCUCUUCUAUCGCUCUCUGAAACGCGGCGAACGAGGAGUAGGUGGAGGAGUGGCAGGAGCCGGCGGCGGCACUGGUCCGGCCACCCAUGGGACACACUCCAGCCAUGCACACGCGCACGCCCAUGCCGCGCAUGCCGCCCAUGCCAGCAGCGACCUCUACUCCGUGACGGAGUUGUAGGAGUGCGCCUGCUGCGGCGGCGGCGUUGAUGUUGUGCGACGGGGCACAUCAUCAACGUCGCUGCACGCAGCGGCGGCGGUAGCCAGCACUCAGACCCAGACGCAGCAGUCGGCGCAGGCGCCCAUUCCCCUGCCCCCCAAGAAGCACCGCUCGAGCCAUGCCCAACAGCAGCAGCAGCCACCCUCCCAAACCGCCUGUAAUGCAAACCUAUGCGAGGAGCACGAGUACGACGAGUACUUCCCGCAGCCAUAUGAACAGCAGGCGCCUCCAGGCCCCGUCCCUGCAGCAGCCACCACCUCCUCCUCGUCAAAGCACUCGAAGCAGCAGCAGAGGGCGGCCACCUUCGACGUGGCCGAUGCCCGGGACUACGAGCUGAAGCGUCUGGGCAACCGGCGCUCCCAGCAGCAGGCGGCGCCCAGCAAGCGCAACGGUGGAGCAGGCCUUGCCGCUGCAGCAGUGGCAGCGGCGGCGGCUGCAGCGGAGCACCAUCACAGCCAUCGCAGCCAUGACAGGGAGCGAUCGCGCAGCGAUCAUCGUAUAGCCAGCUAUGCCUGCGAGGAGGCGGCGGCAGCAGCGGCGGUGGCCAUGUGUGGCGCUGGCUCCAUGAGUGUGCUCCCCGCCAAUGGUUCCCAGCACCAGCACCAACAGCAGCAGCCAACAUCCCAUCGUGGCCACCACCACCAGCAGCAGCAGCAACAACAACAGCAGCAGCAACAGCAGCAGCGGCGGGAGAAAACCUUUAAAGUAUGAUUUUUAGAGACGUCAUAAAAAUUGUCCACUCCGCGCCCGCCAGACGGUGGCAGGGGCGGCUCCAGGCGACGAACGCGUUGAGGCGGAGGGCGGUCCAGGAAGCGUUGCGGAUUCUUUCGAUUAGAGAGCCCCCAAGGAGGAACGCCUGGAAUCAGUGGAAAAACGAUUCCGAUUCUGCUGCUCCCAAUAGCCAUUCCAAAGCAAAAAUUUGUUUAACUUAAGUCUGUCUCUGUCUAACACCCCCUGUCAUUCCCACUACGACUCUAUCUCUGUCUCUCUCUUUCUCUCUCUCUCUCUCUCUGUGUGUCUCUGAACACCUGAGAGACAGAUGCAUGCAUCCAUGUAGGAACACCUGAGAGACAUACAGUGGCGUCCACAAAAUACAGACCUAUGCAUACAGACUCAGCCCAUUGAUGCAACACUGUAGCUGUAACUGUAACUGUAACACACAAACACAUACACACCCAAGACACAAAAAACACACAUACAUACAUCAGUUCUCUGCUCUGUGUUGUUGCCUAUUGUUAUUAUUAUUAUUAACCGUACUGUACUAUAAUUAACCGACUAUGUAAUGUCCCCUAAUUUUUUUAUAACACCCCUCCCCCCUAUUAUGUACGAUAUACGUAGUAUGUAUGCCUAUGUUUAGCGCGAGUCCUUAGUGUGUAAGAGCCAAAUUAUUUAUUUACGAGGAUAUUGUAGUGACCCUUGACCCCUGACAUACCCUCUAGAAGAAGAGCUGUGGAGGAGAGGUGGGGAAGAGGCUUGACAUUUAGGAACUGUCUCUGGUAUUUUGAGACUUUGCAGCAGAGGUAGGCAGCGUCCUAUGUACAAAUAUCGUGUGGCCUCGGGCUAUCCAUUGCUGGGCUUCAUUUUUCUGAUUUGUUCUGCGAAAAUUUAAAUCUGUACAAAAAAAAAGUGCUCAACAGACUGAGAAUAUGUUUAUUUCUUUUUUUUUUUUUAAUAAGGAAGGUGCAAUGCAAGAUUGUUUUUUUUUUUAUUGAGAGGCAUCAUGAAAAUUCUGCGUGUGACCUCUGCUGUAUAACCUGAUGAACUAAUCAAAUGUAAUUUUAAACUAAAUUAUAUGGAAGAGCCGCAGUGUUCUUUCCAACAACCACAGCCGAGGCUCGGCCCAUUGGGAAGCCCUCAAAGAAAAUAAGAACUCCAAUGAUCGAGCCUUUCCCCCCCUCUCAGCUCGUUCCCUUCCGACUAUUCCUUCCCAACUGACGACAGAACUUUUAAUUUUUGGUUUGUUUUGUGGAUUAUCACUUAUAUUAUUUGAGAAUCCGUUGCGAGAACCACCACCACCAACAACAACAACACCAACAGCGACACGUACGUAGAAAUUUUUGUGACGUCAGAAAUCUAAAGCAAAAAAAAAAAAAACAAAAGGAAACCAAAUGCAAAAACAAAAAAAACAAGCGAACACCAAACAAAAAACGAAAAACAAAAAACCGUCAAUAGGGAAAGUCAAAACCAGAAAACAUUUCACAAAAUAAAAUUAUAAUACAUAUUAAUAUUUAAAACUUGAUAAAACUCAACGCAACAUAGGAAAAGUUUUAAAUUUUAACAAAAGAAAAUAACAGUAACAGUUAACUUCUGAAAAAACGGAGCAAUACGAAUACGAAUAUACGACAGAAAUAGCAGGAGGAAAAAGAAUGUUCAACUAUUUUAACGAGAAUUCCAAAAUGAAAUAAUAAUAAACAAAAAGAAUACAUAGAAAUAUAUA